UGUGAACUAUAUGCCCUCAAUCUUUGGCCCCUUCCUGUUGUUAUCUGGGCCACAAAAUAGAAAGACAAAGAUGGAUAUUGCUUUGAGUAGAGGCUCCCAAAUUCUGGCAUUCAAUGCAUCUUCUUCCGUUUCUGCAAAGAGUUCACGAAGAAGUUCAUUAGAUAUUACUGAUACAAGCUGGCCUGCAAAAGGAGUAGGACCUUCUCUCAGUCACCUCCAAACUGUAGUAGUUCAAGCUGAGAAGCGCCCCACGUGGCUCCCGGGGCUUGAACCUCCACCUUAUCUUGAUGGAACACUUGCUGGAGAUUUUGGGUUUGAUCCAUUGGGGCUUGGGGAGGACCCCGAAAGCUUGAAGUGGUAUGUACAGGCAGAACUGGUUCAUUCUCGCUUUGCUAUGGCUGGAGUUGCCGGAAUUCUUGUAACUGAUCUGCUUCGUGUAACAGGAAUAAGCAACUUGCCAGUUUGGUAUGAAGCUGGUGCGACAAAAUUUGAUUUUGCUAGUACCAGAACACUGUUGAUCGUUCAGCUAAUACUAAUGGGGUUCGUUGAAACAAAGAGAUAUAUGGAUUUCAAAAACCCUGGAUCUCAAGCCAAGGAGGGAACUUUCUUUGGGUUAGAAACUGCACUUGAAGGCCUUGAACCAGGGUACCCAGGUGGCCCUUUGUUGAAUCCUCUUGGCAUUGCUAAGGACAUAACGAAUGCUCAUGACUGGAAGCUCAAAGAGAUAAAAAAUGGAAGGCUAGCUAUGGUGGCAAUGCUAGGAUUUUUUGUUCAAGCUUGCGUGACUCAUGCUGGCCCUAUCGAUAAUCUCGUGGAACAUCUUUCAGAUCCAUGGCAUAAAACCAUUAUUCAAACACUUGCUGGUUCUGGUUCUUGAUUUCAGUCAAAUGUAAAGCUCACUGUGUGUCUGUGUACUCCCCCUCCCUCCCCCCCCCCCCCCCCCUUUUUUUGUUCAAUCUUUUCGGUUUGGAAUCGAAAUGUGGGCUAUCAUUUAGCGCCACAUAAUGAAGCUGAUUUUCUUUUGAUUUGA